AAUAUCGAUCUGCGAUUCUUUGGUAAAUUCCCUAGUUUCCUCCGUAGCCUUUAUUUCCCAUGGAGAGAGAUCCUAACUUCGAACUUCAACUCCCUCCUGGAUUUAGAUUCCACCCUUCAGACGAGGAGCUCAUGGUUCACUACCUCAGAAACAAAGUGACUUCAUGUCCUCUCCCUGCUUCAUUCAUUGCAGACAUAGAUCUCUAUAAGUUCAACCCGUGGGAGCUUCCAAGCAAGGCUUUCUUUGGAGCAGACGAGUGGUUUUUCUUCACUCCGAGGGACAGAAAGUAUCCGAAUGGGCUGAGGCCGAAUAGAGCAGCUGGGUCAGGUUAUUGGAAGGCUACAGGGACUGAUAAACCCAUUCUUACUUCGUGUGGAAUGAAGAGCAUUGGAGUGAAGAAAGCCCUUGUGUUCUACAAGGGUCGUCCCCCUAAAGGGUCUAAAACCGAUUGGAUCAUGCAUGAGUAUAGGCUGCUCGAUUCAAUGAUCUUGAGUUACAAGCAAAGAGGCUCUAUGAGACUGGAUGAUUGGGUUCUGUGCAGAGUUCGUCAAAAAAACUGCAGCCCUAGAAGCACUUGGGAGGAGUCGAAUGAACCUAGUUAUGAACCUACAAGCUACUUUCAACAGAUGAACUAUGAGAAUCCUGAUCCUGAUGAUGAAACUAUCAAAAACUGUGUGGCCAAUGAAUUUCCCAUGUUGCCAUAUAUUCUAGCAACUAAGACGAGUACUCAUCCUUCCAACGGACAGGCAUCAUCAAGCUUAAGCUUUCAGCGUAACGAUAAUGCUUUUGACCAUGAAGACACCUCAAACAUCAUAGAAGCACAGUUCUCAGAAUCUACUGCUGGGAGCUUGAAGAGAAAACUCUGUGAACAAGACCAAUUGGAACUUUAUGAUUCUCCUCCCUUUAAAAAGCUAAGUGAGGAUGAUCAUAAGAGGGACAUGCUAGGCAUAGACGCAAGCAAAGGCUACUACACUAGUGGUUUCAACAGCUUUGAUCAUUGGAAUGCCAUCAUACAGCCUCAAGAGCUUAAUAACUUGGCCUUUGCAGGAUACAUUUAAGAGAUUUAUUCACAUUCAUGUACGUAUAUACGUGUAUAUACAUGUUUAGGCAUGCAGAAUGUGAAGAUGAAAGAUUGCAGAAAAAGAAGCAAGAGGACGAAGCUUUUCAGCAUGUGUGUAGUGUGUUAUACUAUUCUUCAUAGCUCAUUGGCAUUGAACAUAUGUGAAACUGUACGCCAUUUGCUUUGCUUCAUUUUAACAGGAUUAUCAGAGUUGCGUGUAAGUGACAUUUAAUAUAGAUUGUUUAAAGAACAAUGUUGUGGAACAGUGCUUUAAUAAACCU